ACCCCUCUGUCAUUUUAUUUUUAUGUUUUUUAGCGUCACAUCCCCCUGGUCGGAGGAAUGUAGACGGAGAGCUUUAAAAAUAGCAUCCUCUCCUCUGACAGCGCUGCUCCGGAGGCUCCGCAGCACUGUGGUGCGAGAAGCAGGAAUGCGAAGAUGGCUACAGACCUAGGAGAGCUGCUGGUCCCGUACAUGCCCACCAUUAGAGUGCCCAGGACAGGAGACAGGGUUUUCAAGAGCGAGUGCGCCUUUUCCUUCGACUCACCUGAGUCAGAGGGAGGCCUGUAUGUGUGUAUGAACACAUUCCUGGGCUUUGGACGAGAACACGUGGAGAGGCAUUAUCGCAAAACAGGACAGAGUGUUUACAUGCACCUCAAGCGACAUGUCAAAGAGAAAGCAACAGGAGCUGCAGGAGGCGCCAUCCCCAGACGAAGGAAUGGAAAAGUGUUUCUAGAUUUAGAGCUAAACCGUGACUUUAACGGUGAGGACUAUGAAUAUGAAGACGAGGCCAAGCUGGUCAUUUUUCCAGACCACUUCGAGAUCCCCUUACCAAAUAUUGAGGAGUUGCCCGCUCUGGUGACCAUCGCCUGUGACGCCGUGCUCAAUGCAUCAUCAGCCUACAAGAAGCAGGAGCCUGAAUCGUGGGAGGAGGAAAUCCAGGUAUCCAAACAUGCCAGGAGCCUCAGACAGCUCGAUAACGGGGUCAGGAUCCCACCCAGUGGUUGGAAGUGUCAGAAGUGUGAGAUGAGAGAAAACCUGUGGAUGAACCUCACGGAUGGAGCCGUGCUCUGUGGGAAGUGGUUCUUCGAUGGGAGCGGAGGGAACGGCCACGCCCUAGAGCACUUUAGAGAGACCAACCAUCCCCUGGCUGUCAAACUGGAUACCAUCACACCAGACGGAGCAGAUGUCUACUCGUUUGAGGAGGAAGAGGCCGUGUUGGACCCCCACAUAUCAGAACACUUGUCACACUUCGGAAUAGACAUGCUACAGAUGCAGAAAAGAACAGAAAACGGUCACAACACAGACAAUAACUCUCGGCCACGGGUAAGCGAAUGGGAGGUGAUCCAGGAGUCAGGCAUGAAGCUGAAAGCGGUGUUUGGUUCUGGUUACACGGGCAUCAAAAACCUGGGAAACAGCUGCUACCUCAGCACGGUGAUGCAGGUCCUCUUCAGCAUCCCUGACUUCCAGAGGAUGUAUGUGGGUAAUCUUCAGAGGAUAUUUGACUACUCACCCCUCGACCCCACGCAGGACUUUGCCACUCAAAUGGCUAAACUUGGACACGGACUUCUCUCAGGCCAGCACUCCAAACCACCCAUGAAAUCUGAGCUCAUUGAACAGGUGAUGAAAGAAGAACACAAGGUAUUAAACUGGCACCAGCAGAAGGGAGUCUCUCCCCGAAUGUUCAAGUCCCUAGUGAGCAGGGGACACCCAGAGUUCUCCUCCACCAGACAACAAGAUGCACAUGAGCUCCUCCUGCACGUCAUCAACCUGGUGGAGAGGAACAGUGCAGGCUCAGAGAACCCAAGUGACGUCUUCCGCUUCCUGGUGGAGGAGCGCACUCAGUGCUGCCAGACACGUCGGGUUCGUUACACACAGAGGGUAGACUACUGCAUCCAGCUGCCAGCCCCCUUUGAAGCAGCAACCAAUCGAGAGGAGCUGUUGGCAUAUGAGGCCAAGCUAAAGGACGCUGAGGAGAACAUGCGGGCUCCUCCUGAGCCAGUGAGAGCGCGGAUCCCCUUCACCGCCUGUCUGCAGGCUUUAACCGAGCCAGAAAACGUCCCCAACUUCUGGAGCUCAGCACUUCAGGCCAAGUCAGCUGGAGUCAAAACUUCCCGUUUUGCCUCCUUCCCAGAGUACCUGGUUCUGCAGAUCAAGAAAUUCACUUUCGGGGUUGACUGGGUGCCAAAGAAAUUAGACUUGGCCAUAGACGUUCCAGACUUCCUGGAUCUGAGCAGAAUGCGGGCCACAGGGCUGCAGACGGGCGAGGAGGAGCUUCCUGACCUCAUGCCUCCUAUCGUGCUACCUGAAGACACACGAGAUAACUCCAUGGGCUCUUUGGACUCUCCAGAAAUAGACGAGGCGGCAGUAAUGCAGCUGGCAGAGAUGGGCUUUCCGCUCGAGGCUUGUAGGAAAGCAGUCUACUACACAGGCAACAUGGGCCCUGAGAUGGCCUUUAACUGGAUCAUAGCCCACAUGGAAGAGCCUGACUUUGCAGAACCUCUCACUCUGCCCUCCAUGAUCGAUCCUGGUCCCUCCACCAGUGACAGCCCCAUGGGUGCGACCCCGCUGGAAAACUCGCCCCCUGAAGAGAGCAUCGCCAUUCUAACUUCCAUGGGCUUCCCCCGCACUCACAGCAUCACAGCACUCAAAGCCACGAACAAUAACUUGGAACGAGCGUUGGACUGGAUCUUCACUCACCCGGAGGAGGAGGAGAGUGACGCCCUCUCAGACAUGGCGGACACAGAGCCCAAUGACAACACUUUCUCAAACUCAAACUCACACAGUGACUCCACGCUGUCCCAAGACAGAGACUCGUCGGGCCCGCGGGUCAAAGACGGACCAGGACGAUAUGAGCUGUUUGCUUUCAUUAGCCACAUGGGAGCAUCCACCAUGUCUGGUCAUUAUGUUUGUCACAUCAAAAAGGAGGGAAGGUGGGUGAUGUUCAACGACCACAAAGUAUGUUUGUCAGAAAGGCCUCCAAAAGACUUGGGCUAUAUCUAUUUUUACCAUCGACUGUCCAGUGGUUAAAGUAAAUUCCCCCCCUCUCGCCUCCACCCUGCACCCUUUAAAAGAAAACACAUUUGUUCACCUGCAGAAGACUGGCAGACAACAUUAAUAACAACCACAGUGGAAAUGAUGUAAUACAACUUCCUUGACCAGCUGCUCGCCUUACCGUGAUGUCAUUCAGGAUCAACCAGGAACCUUGGUUCAAAAAAAAAAAGGGAAAGCAAUGUGCUCUUUUGUUAUGUUACGCUUUGAAUGUAUAUUUAAGUGUUUGUGUUUAAGAAAAGACAUUUUCUUGCCAGUGUAGGUGCAGAGGAAUGUGUGCAAUUUCUACUUCUGGAGUGCUCUGCAAACAAAAUAAUGCCACAUAUCAAAUCACAUUGUUCCUUCUCUAUGCCUUCAGCUACUGUGCCAGUGUCUUCAAAGUGGUACAUUUUAUAAAUGUAUAUUGAGAUGGGAGUGCUUCACUGCCAGCCCUGAAAUGCCCCGAAACUGCAUCAACAGAAAACAAAUUACUGUGCUGCUGGUGGCUUUGCAUUCUGCAUUGAAAUACAAUACAGUGUUUUUCAUCUCAAGGAUAUUGAAAGGACAUCCUGAAGUUUAAAGGGGCUAUAUGUAACUUUUUACAUGUAUAAAUCGUUUUGUAUCGCCCAUUAAUAAGCGAACGGUUAACUGAUGUGAAAAAGUAGAUGUUCACUGUCUAUCUGUGUUGCCUGUAUAAAAAGUUUCCCUGGGUCGUAUUUUCCGCGAAAGCUCCAGGAAGUCACAUUUUAUGCACGUUCUCAACGUCCUCCUCACUCCGCUCCGCUUACAGAGAUCAAAAGUACAAACUCAUCACACACUCCCGGUCUUCACCUCCACAGCCAGAGGCCGACUUCCACACACUUCUAUCCGCCCUAGGAGCUCUCAAAGGCGGACAAACUCAUCACACACUCCUGCUCUCAGCCAGUGCCUGCCGAGACUGUCGUUUGUAGGAUGUAGAACGAAUACAGACACACUCUGUAAACAUUAUGCCGGUAAAUAUCCAGUGUUUCGCAGCCGAUGAUGAUGCUCGUUUGUGUACGUACGAGCACGUAUGACGAGCACGCGAGGGAGAGCGAGCAACAGGUUACUGGUGCAGUUCGCUUAACGGCCAUGUGGUAUCGCUACAAACACAGUAUUUUUGAAAGUUACAUAUAGCCCCUUUAAAAGAAAAUGUAGUAACGAGAAAUAAACGACUUAUUGUAUGCUGAAAGUUUCAGACUGAGCGCAGCGUGAAUGGGUGUUAACCUGGUUAAAAAAACAAUGUUACUGAAUUAUGGCUCAAACCUGCCUCAGUUUUACUUUGAGAUUGUUUGAGUGUGUCCCUCUUUAAGGCAAAACUUUCUCGGGUGCCCUUGCCGAGUUAUCAACAUUGAAGUAUUUUCCCUCUCUGUAAGCACUUUUUUUUUUUUUGCGUAAAAUGAGCUCAAGGUGCAGAUGAAGUGGGUCUUUUUAUUCACCAGCUAUAAACAAAUGAAUGUGAUGUCUUCAACUUCAGUACUGCUGAACCUGAAAAUCCUUGAAGUGGCCAUUAGUUGAUGUAGAGAUUACAGUAUACAAACAUACAACUGAUGCCAAAUUAAAGCUAAGCCUAUGUUGAGAUCAUAUCAGUGCACAAACAGAAUCCCUUCAUCCUGCAGUGAAAUUCUUUCAUUCAUUGUGAGUUGCAAGAUGUUUGCAUUGUGUGCAAAACUUGAACUCUCGGCUGCAGCUGUUUCAGAUUGGUUCCUUUAUCACUUCGACAUAUUCAGACAAUGACUCAAAAUUUUGAAUUAAUGUUUUUGCUGGAGCUGUUGCUGCUUUUUACACGUCACCAGUUAUGCACCUGAACUGUUUUCAGGUCUAAUGCAAUAUGACCACCAAUAUGCACCACAACCAUAUCUGCUCAGUGCUGCUGUAUGAUAAAAGCUGAACUGGGAUAUCUCGUCUAUGUGCAGUCUUGACAGAUAGACAUGCUGCAGUGCUGAAUGUACUUCGUGGUGCUCACAGCAACUAAAACCUCCUGUUCAGCUUUAAUACUCAGAAACCACAUUGAAUUUAGAACUGGCCCCUCAAGUUUUAGUCACUAAACCUCAUGCUGGAUCACUCAAAGACUCUGUACUCCACUCACUCAGUUGAUUCAAAACAUGCCCAACAGAUACAUCAAACAUAUCUUGUUUAGUAGUAUCUGUGAUAUCUUUUGUUUUCGUCCUCUGACUGUCAACAAUAUUUAAGUUUUUCUGGCGUGUUUAGUCUAUUAACAACCAAAACAAAGAGUACAUGGAACUGGACUUCAAUCGGGGUUUUAUCUGUUUUAUCUCAAACAAUCUGCAUAGUAUAACAAAGUGUUUUGUUAUCGCCACAAACACAAUCCCAGUUGUAUGAACCUGGCAUUUACCGAAACUGUCUUUAACUCAGUGGUGCACUCAUGGUUGCAAGGGGAGCUGUGAUGAAAAACGAUUUUAAGAGUUUUUCUGCAAAAUGUGUGCAAACUUCGGAGUCAAAACUUCCAAUAUUCAGGGAGAGGACAGACCUUUGACAAUAAAUACACAAUUCUUAAAAGUGUUUGAGUGGGUAAUGCAUAAUCUAUCACACAUCAUCCUGGACAAGAUAUUAAAGUAAAGUGAAUGCCUCUUAAAGAUUUCUUUAGAAAUAGUCAGAGGAUUGUCUCUACCUGUGAGUCUGUAUGUUUACAGAAUCUUCAAGAUGAUUUUGCAGAAGAACUCUGUCUUUCAGCAGUGCUCCCCCUUUAAUAACAGUGUGCCUACAUUUGACUGAUCACUACAUCUCAACAUUUAUCAUCUUCACAUACUACUUGAUAAACUGCUGCAGUGUUCAUCAUCUAUGCAUCGGGGAAGUCUAAAAAGGUCUCUCUAUGCAACUAUUUUAUUUCUGUCUUUCCUUCUUUAAUGUUUUGUAUCCUUCUGUCGGACCCUGGUCUAAAAUGUGUCUUUCUGAUCUUCAUCAUACGUGGAUCAGUGAAAAACCUGUUGUCUUGCUCGAUGACGUUAAGUUAUAAAUGUCCUGAGAUAUUCUGUGCAAUCAGUUGUUAUUUCGAGGCACCUUUUGUUCCCCCUGCUCUCCUGAUAACGUAAUGCUUUUUGUAUUUUUUGUCUAUUUUGGUUUUGGCUUUCCCUCCAGCUCGGUCUCUAUUCAUUUUCUCUGCCAUGCUAAACCUACCUGUUUAAUUUGUCACUAAACAGCUUUUACAAUGUCAGCAUGUGCACUAGACUUUGGCAUUUAGUCAUUUGGAUUGUGCAACUGUUCUUCUGUGAGUUUUAUUCUUCUUAACCUUUAACUAAAUGUCAAAAUGUUCUUCACCUGUUUUUACUCUGUUGCUUUUUUUUUUGCAAAAAAGUUUGUGCAAAUUCUGUAGUUUUCAUUACAUAGGUUUCCUGAAGGGAUUAUUUUAAGUUGACUUUUGUAAUGUACGGUAUGCGUUUAUCCAAAUAUAAUUUAGGUGUAUGUGAAUAGAGUAAUGACAGUAUAGUCAAUGGCACUGUUUACUUACCAGAGUUGGAACAUUGAAUAAACUACACCUUUGUC